AUGAAGUCACACUUGGCCGCAGUCUUGUUGAUUCAGGCCAUCUUGCUUCAUCAGAUUCAAGCGAUGGUGACAACUCGCAAGUCUAAUGCUAGGACCAAGAGCUGGUUAUCAGAAGCCCUGGACUUUAAACAGGUUGUGGGUCUCCGCAGCCCUACCAGAUACACAGUAGAGGCGGUGAGCCCUCAGGCGACCCCGCCAAGAUUUUCAAACGGGAGCCCUUCAAGUUUAGAGGCAAGCCCGCCACGAUUCGCAAACGCCAAUCAUAAUGCAAGCCCGCUAAACUCCGUGAUGGCCAGAAUCGCGGAGCGUUCUUUCAAGAAAUAUACCGGUCUGAAAUUCGGAACGAUUACAUUUGAUAUCGUGGAGCCUGUCGCACGCGGGAAGUACAGCCCGAGUCUGAACACGAUAAGAGAAGAUGAGAUUUUUGUGCCUUCAAAGCCAUUCAAGAAGCUCGCCAGCGACAAGAAGCUCCGAGUGCAAAACAUCAAGAUUUCUGAUACCCCCCAGAAAGAAGAGCCGCGGCUGAAGAAACUCAGUCCUGCUGCUGACCCCCAGGAGAAAAGGCCGCGCUUGGUCAAGGUCCAGAGUAUCCGCACCUCCAGCCAGAGAGACCUGCUGGAAUCUACUGUUCGAGUCCCCGAUGUGCCCAAGCCAGCUGGAAAUAAUCGGUCGCGUUAUGACCAAAAGCCCAAAGUAGAUUUCUUACUGCCAACGUCUUCCAAGCCUAAGCGCUUCUCCUGCCUACCAUGUCAUCUGAUUGCACGUCGUAAAAAGCCGGAAGAAAGAGUGAAUCCAUUCUCUGCCGCAGCCUGA